CUUCAGUCAUAUCAAAAAUUUCGGCAGCUUAAGACCUUCAACCUUUUCUUAGUAAAAUAUAUAAUUUUUAAAAAAUUUAAAUUUAUAAUUUUGGUGUGAUAGAGACCUAUCUAAUUCCCAAACUUGAACUAACCGACUAAAACCAUGUUUCGCAACUUGUUGGCGUUGAGCAACAAGCUGGCGCUGCAGCGAAUUUUCGUUUCCCGCUUGACCUCGCGCUCCAAUAUGUCCACUGGUCGCACGUGCCUCACCUUCAGUCGUCCCAGGAACGUCGAUGGCGUGACCGUCGUUGAUAUUGAUAUGAAUAAUAUGGCAAAGAAUGACGUAGAGUUCAAUCGUAAUUUCGUCAAUUCGUUAACGUCGAUGGACCCUCCCCAUUCCCAGGAUGUCGCUGAAUCAACACCUGUGGAGGAACCUGUGCCCGCGGCCACCGUGGAAAUCCUGCCAACUGGCACACCCAGUUCCGUUCUGGACGUGGACGGCAAUCCCAUUGUGCCCAUCGAGAUCGAUGGCUGGAAUCAGGACGAUGAGGAUCCCACCGUGCAGAAGAACAGCAAGGACGUGGACAUUGGCAACGACGACGAGUACAAGGCCGAGAUGGCUCUGCGGGUGCCGGAGAUCAGGGAGGGUCAGACGGAGUACAAGGGCAUCAAGGUGAAGCUGCCGGAUACGGUCCACCAGGAUGUGGGCACCUAUCGCUUCCGUCGCGACUCCCAGGACCUCCAGGAGCUCGGAGACGACAUACGUCUCGUGCGGUACGACAAGAAGUAGACAAGAAGUAGACGAACCGUGUUUGUGUUUGCCCUAUCAAAUGAUUUCCAAAUUCGCCUGGACCGACUUACUGGACGAAGUCCGCAUAUUACUUUUCCAAUUUUUGUAAUAAAGUCGGCCAUGCUAUAUUGAA